UCAGCGCGAUUUCUUCCGCUAACCAGCAUGAGCUCUUUUAUCCGUAAAGAACAGAUUAUUUUUCCUGUUGGCGACCUGGCCAGCUCCUAAAUCCUGCUAAAGCCAUCCCUCCUGAAAGGCAGAAACUUCUAUACAUUUUUUCAUUGAUGUUCUAUUAUUCUCGGCGCCAUCCCCCUUGCUUUCUCCGGCGUCGUAUUUAAUCUUUGAAUCUUAAUCCAAUGGACUCUCCGAUGGCCGACGGGGGUGAGAACCCGACAGUACUCGAUCUCACCAGCUACCAGCUCCGUGAUCUCGACUCAGUCGACCUCCCUCCGAGUCUCACCGAGUUAGACUUAACCGCCAACCGUUUGUCCAAGCUGGACCCCCGUAUUGCCCAACUCUCCAAUCUCAAGAAGCUCUCUCUUCGCCAGAACCUUUUUGACGACCCCGGCGUCGAGCCCCUUGCCACCUCGCACCUCAUUGCUGACCUCGAAGAGCUUGUUCUAAGAGACAACCAAUUGAAGAAAGUUCCUGAUGUCAGCAUUUUCAAGAAGCUUUUAGUAUUUGAUGUUUCUUUCAACGAGAUUCCAACACUUCAGGGGUUAUCCAAGGUUUCCACCACACUUAGAGAACUCUAUGUGUCCAAAAAUGAAGUUACGAAGAUGGAAGAGAUUGACCAUUUUCACGUGCUGCAAAUUCUUGAACUUGGAUCCAACAACUUGAGGGUGAUGGAGAAUCUGCAAAACCUAAUCAACUUGCAAGAGUUAUGGCUUGGUCGUAAUCGCAUUAAAACUGUUAACUUAUGCGGGUUAAAAUGCAUUAAGAAGAUUAGCCUGCAAAGCAACCGUUUAACUUCAAUGACAGGAUUUGAGGAAUGUGUUGCUUUGGAGGAAUUGUACUUGAGCCACAAUGGUAUUUCAAAAAUGGAAGGCCUAUCAACAUUAGCAAAUCUUCGGGUCUUGGAUGUCUCAUCAAAUAAGCUUACAGAAAUUAGUGACAUCGAGAAACUGACACGAUUAGAAGAUUUAUGGCUUAAUGACAACAACAUAACUUCAUUAGAUGGUAUAGCGGAGGCAGUUGCAGGUUCCAGAGACACGCUGACCACCAUCUACCUUGAGCGCAAUCCAUGUGUGAACUCUCCCAAUUACAUUGUUACCUUGAAGGAGAUCUUCCGCAAUAUUCAGCAAAUUGAUUCUGAGUUGUUUGGGUAGAGCUUUAGGUAGGCGAGGGUUUAUUGUUUGACAGUGCUGAUGGCCAAAAUCAUAUACUACAUGAUUCAGCCGUGAACUUUGCCUCAGAGCCUAUUCAUUCUCCGCGCUCCAGCAGUAACAGUACAUAGAAGGCUGCUUUUAUACGAGAAAAUUCGGGUCUACUUUGGGAGCAACCUUGCAUUGUUAAACAGCUGGUCUUCUGACAAAGUUUUUUUUUUUUUUUUCCUCAGUUCAACAAUAAGAGCAAGGAAGGGUUUCCUUGUACCUUUUCUCGUUUUUGUAAGAGAACGGGUUGUGCAGGCAUGUAAACAUUGGAGUUAACGAAGUGAGUUCGGAGUGCGAACAUACAAUA